AUGGCCACAGUGUACCCUCCGAGGAUCAACAAAAAAGCGGUUUUCGACAAGUUGCGACUUGAGCUCAAGGUACACCACAUUGAUGUUUCCGAAAUGGUGCUAGAGCGGUUCAGCUUGAUUCUCCCAGGCACAGAUGCCUCACAGGAACAAUUGAAGGUCCUCCAAACUUUUCUUGUGCAGCCUAUGCUAGUCACAAAUGAAGAACUCAAACAGAUUAUGCGCCUUGAGCCCUCGAAUGCGGUACCUAGCUUCAAGAAAAAUGUCUUAUCCCGAGAACAUGCAUUUUAUAUGCGCUCCUGGUCCAUGACACCGAUACAACUUUACGAUAUUUCCAAGCAUCUACAGGAAGAAGGCAGAACUUUCCCGGAGCUAGAUGAGUGGAAAUUCAUCAGUUUCAUGGCCGGGACGCGAAAUGUCACUGUGCGAUACAUUGGAAGCACAAAUUGUACGACAACUGUCUCCAGACGAUUUGCGGAUGAUACGAACAAUAAGUCCAGAAACAGUCUCCUCGGUGCUUUCCAAAGCUGUCUGGAAGAGGGUUAUCCCUUCAUCUCACAAAGGGCAGAAAUCCACUUGCUUCCAGACAUAUCAUUCGAUAUUUUGGGCAGUGGAAACCAUAUUGGCAACCAGCUGAACUCGGAUGAUACAGAAAGUCUCCUCAUUCAGCUGUUUGGGUGCCGCUCUCUCUUGAAUCUGCAGCUUGGAGGGCAUUAUAUAAGGUAUCUGCCAAGAGAAGAAGAUGAGACCAUUUUUGAGAGUCUCCACACCAGAUACAUUCGAAGAAUCAUGAGUGAAGGCAGUCAAUUUCCCGACAACAAAUGGUCAAGCAUCAAGAAUCAAUUUGCCGCAGUUUUUGCCGAAAAAUUGAGCCUGGAUAGAGUUGUGAGCAGAGCUGCCAAGGGAGCUCUUGAAAACCAAGCGAAGCCGCACCAGUACCUCGGAACGACCAUCGCUGUGUUCGUUGGCGAAGAGCUCACCGAUAGCCACCUACAAGCCGGAUGUUCGUUUUUUGACGGGAACAGUAAGUCUAGCAGGCUUGUCGGGAAUUUGGUCCACCGCAUAAAACACAUAGAAGAACGAAACUUCAUUGGGGAUAACAUGCUGCGACUGGGAAAAUUAUCCAAAGCCUUUCCAUUUAUCAAUGUCAUCGAAAUACUAUGA